AUGACGCCGUGCUGUCCGCGACCCCGCUGGUCGCGCGUGAAGCGUCGUGCCCUGCUGGCCGCGACCCCGCUGGUCGCCGGCGCCGCCCUGCUGGCCGCGCUGCGCAGCCCCGCCCCGUCUCGCUGGCGCGUGCUCGCAGCAGCCCACCCCGAUGGUCGCUGCCGCAUCCUCGUGCCGUGGCCGUGGCCACAGCCGCUGCCGACGCCCCGUCGCUGGCCUGGCCGCGCCGCGCCAUGGCCGCGCCCCCCUCCCCCCGUUGGCCGCGCCAUGGCCGCGCGCCCCGCUGGCCUCGCCUCGCGCCCCGCUUCGCGCCCGCCUCGCGCCCUCGCUGGUCGCGCCGCCCUGCUGGUGGCUGCUGCCCGCGCGCGUGCGUGCCCUGGCCGCCGCCGUCGGGUGGCAUGGCCGCCACGGCCGUCGCCGUGGCGUGGCGAGGAUGCCACAGCCACCGCUGCCCUGGCGUGGCUGCCGCCGUCGCCCUGCCCACUCGGGCGCUAG